UUGUUCUGUGUUGUGCAGUGCAAACGCCAAAUUAUAAAACAACACCAAACAACAGUACAAUAACCUACAAUUUUUAUCCUAUUAUUGUACUAUGACAUUUUAGUAUGACUAAACAAUAAAUGUAAAUAUACAACAUAAUUUUGAAUAGACUCCAACAUUCACAUUCAACACAUUUCCAUACAUAAAUGACGAAUGAAUGAAGAUUAUUUUUUAGUUUGACAAUAAUAAUAUGCUGAACAUAUCAUACUGCCCACCAAAUAUUUCAGUAUGGGAUGUAUGGGUGGAUCAUGGAAUCCCACAGUGUUUCAUGAACACUGUGACUUCUUCUGUAUUAGCAAUAUAUAUACUAAUAGCUGGUUCAAUACAACUACAUAUUUACAGACGAUGGGGUGUUGAAUCUGGAACCAGGUUUUUGCCUAGAGGAAGAUUAUAUUAUUUACAAACCUUUUUAAUAUUGUUUAUACCAGUGUUAGAAAUAGUUAGAUUUAUUUUAACCGCAACUGUUUAUGAUGAUAAACAUAUUUAUGGAUAUAUGAUUGUUUCUCUAGUAUUAACGACAUUUGCUUUUCCGUUUUCUUUAUGGGUUUUAAAAGUGGAGUUAUAUAACAUUCUUCCAUCAGUUCAAACAAGAGGCCAUGGGAUAGUUUUAUUGUUAUUUUGGACAUUGGCCUUUAUAUCAGAAAAUCUAGCGUUUAUCAAUUUGACCCAGGAGAACUGGUGGUUUAAACUGAAGGAUUUGACCGAUCAGCUGGAAAUGGCAUUAUUUAUUUUACGAUAUAUUGCUUGCCUACUUAUCUUUUUCCUGGGCCUCAAAGCUCCCGGAAUAGUAAACGAAGUUGAUUAUUAUAUGUUAGGUGGUCAUCAAAGGAAUGUUAUCAAUCCGAACAAUGAAAAUGCCUCUACAUGGAAGAAUUUUUGGAAAAAGGUGAAGAUAUUAGCGCCUUUCUUAUGGCCAAAGAAAAAUUUCACAUUACAGUUUAAAGUACUGAUUUGCUUCAUAUUAUUAUUAGGAGGAAGGGCGGUUAAUUUGUUUGUGCCUAUCUAUCAAAAAUUAAUUGUUGAUAGCAUGGAAGAAACUGUGGCAAAGAUGCUUUUCAGAUGGGACUGGGUUCUCAUAUAUGUUGGUUUAAAAUUUCUUCAAGGAGGUGGCACUGGUGGCAUGGGUCUAUUAAAUAAUGUGAGAUCGUUCUUAUGGAUUAGAGUCCAACAGUACACAACAAGGGAAGUUGAAGUAGAAUUAUUUAGGCACUUACAUAGUCUUUCGUUGAAGUGGCAUCUAGGAAGAAAAACGGGGGAAGUGUUGAGAGUGAUGGACAGGGGGACAGAUAGCAUCAAUAACUUAUUGAAUUACAUUAUAUUUUCCAUUUUUCCAACUAUAGUGGAUAUAAUAGUAGCAAUUGUCUUCUUCGUUUCUGCCUUUAAUAUAUGGUUUGGACUGAUCGUUUUUACUACAAUGAUACUUUACAUAGUUCUAACGAUCGUUAUUACCGAAUGGAGAACAAAAUUUCAGCGUCGUAUGAAUUUAGCAGAUAAUGAAACUCGAAGCAGAAGUGUAGAUUCUCUUCUCAAUUUUGAAACAGUUAAAUAUUACGGAGCUGAGAAUUACGAAGUGGAUGCUUUUAGGGAAGCUGUUCUUAAAUUCCAAGAUGAAGAAUUUAAGUCAAGUAUCACUCUUAAUAUCUUAAACACAGUACAAAAUGUUAUAAUAUGCGGAGGGCUAUUAGCGGGAAGUUUGCUCUGUGUUUAUAUGGUAGUAGAACCUAAAACUCUAAAGGCAGGCGAUUAUGUAUUAUUUGCUACAUAUAUAGUACAACUUUACGUGCCGCUUAAUUGGUUUGGUACCUACUACAGGGCCAUUCAAAAGAAUUUUGUAGAUAUGGAAAACAUGUUUGACCUUCUCAGAGAAGAACAAGAAAUUAUUGACGCUCCAGGAGCUACUAAUCUAUCUGUUCCAAGGGGCCAUGUUGAGUUUAAAAACGUCAGUUUUGGAUAUCUUCCUGAGAAGUUGAUAUUAAAAAAUAUAACGUUCAGUGUUCCUUCUGGAAAAACUGUUGCACUAGUAGGACCAUCAGGAAGUGGCAAGAGUACUAUUAUAAGACUCCUCUUCAGGUUUUAUGAUGUCGAUACAGGAGUUAUUGUUAUAGAUGGGCAAAAUAUUAAGACUGUUACUCAAGAAUCACUAAGAAGAGCUAUCGGCGUAGUUCCACAGGAUACAGUAUUAUUUAAUAAUACUGUAGAAUACAAUAUACAAUAUGGUAGACUAACAGCAACAGUGACUGAUGUGAUAGAAGCCGCUAGAGGUGCUGAUAUACACGAAAAAAUUCUUACCUUUCCAGAAGCUUAUGAAACCAAGGUUGGAGAGAGAGGACUAAGACUAAGUGGUGGUGAGAAGCAGAGAGUGGCUAUAGCUAGAACGCUAUUGAAGGCUCCAAAUAUAAUCUUACUUGAUGAAGCUACCAGUGCCUUAGAUACUCAAACGGAAAGAAAUAUACAAGAAUCUCUGAAUAGAAUGUGUGCAAACAAAACCACGAUAAUAGUAGCACAUAGACUCUCCACCAUUAUUCAUGCAGAUGAGAUAUUAGUUUUACAAGAAGGAGAAAUAGUGGAAAGAGGAAAACACGACCACCUGAUAGGCCAAGAAGGAAUAUACGCUAACAUGUGGCGACAGCAAUUGGAGAAUAAAGAUAAAGAGUCUUUGGAAAAUAGCUCGGAGAGUGCUAAAUCUAAAUAGCCAUAGCGCAGCUCGAACAUAGCUAAAUUGUGGUACUGAAUUGAAAUAUUCUAUUUAAUUAUAAGUAAAAUAGUUAAAAUAUGGUAUUAGAAAACAAUAUUGUUUUUUAUUUAAUAAAAAAAUAAAAUAAACAAUUUAUAUUUA